UAGUUUAAUUGGCCAAAACACCUUGCCGGAGACAACGGAGAUUGCGGGUUCGGGUCCCGUCUGGACGAGGAAAAAAAAAAUUUUAUAAUUCUAGUCACACCUUCUAUUCCCGUUCAUCUUCGCAUUCCCGCGAAACUACAUACAUUGCCCGCUUUACUAAACUUAAAAUGUAAGUCAAUAUGACAAAAAAUGAAAUUAGUUCGUAAAGUAAAAUACAAUCCAGGCUGAUAAAAUCUCGUUGUUAAGGACUAACACUACUCCAUCUUAUUGGUUGCGUAGGAAAAGACCUCCCGUUGCCAUCGAGGUGCCCAUUAAUCUCCAGAUUUGUCCGCGUUGCUGGUUUUCGCGGCAUUUCGCGGAUUUUCGUUAAUUUCGCGGUCGAUGCUGGAUUUUGCGGGAUUCCGCGAAAUCGCGAUUUAUUGCUGUCUCUAGUCACCAGUUUAUAUAGGAUAAUGCCAAUUUUAGCUGCAUUCCAUAAGUUAUUAGCCUACAGUUUUCAGACCUCGUCAGGCUUUUAGUCAGUAUUAUUUUUUAUACCAUAACUACAACACCUACUCUAUGUUAACAAUGCGAAUGUGUUGGUGUACACUGGUAUAAUGUUAUUGUGAAUGUGAAUUCCAUACACUGCAUCGAUUAUUAUAGUUUGCACAAUCUUACCACCGAAGAGCGCCGACAGAAAAACAUUAUUUUCUGAAUUACGAAAGGUUCAAUGCAUAAUAUUUUUUCAAUACAUUGGCAACGACAACUUCAUAUAAGUUAUUGUGAUUUCUUGAUCGGGUUGAUUUGUAUGGGACAUAUUUCACUAACAUUAUUUUUUUACAUUAUUUGAAACAUUAUUAACAGUUCACUAAUAGUUUCUGACCACUCUGCGGCUAAAAUUUUGUUCUAUAAUUCUAAGUUUACAAACUUUGCAGAGUUUCGGCACAUACUCAAAACUGGAAUUGUCAAUGGCAGUACUGCGCGCUACUUACUCAAAUUCAAUAAGAUUUGGAAAAUUAAGUUCAUGGGACCCCUGAAGUUUUUAACAUUUAUUUGAAAAAAAAAAAAAUAGACAUCGCUAUUUUUAGUGAUCUGCAGACUUGGUUUUCUCCCCCGGGCGACCGAAGAACAAGGUGUAUUUUUCACUUGCACUACGCUGUCUUGUUCCUUUGAUCCAGGAUACCACAAACUGGAACAUAGGUUUGUAUUCCUCGGACCCCGAGGGUAUCCAAAUAUAACGAUCUGGCGCCACGGAGUUCAGCACUACCAAAACCGCAUGCCAAUUGUAAUGACGGUUCAAUCCACAAACGCAAUGAUUACUAUAUGUGAGCCCGAUUCGCAGUAUAUGUGCGUCUAGUCCGUAGUGGAAGGACGAAGUCUGUUAGUUUAAAGGCGUACUCUGACGAUAAAAUUGCAAAAACUCAUUAUAGGCAAUUGGUCUAUCAUAAAUAUCAUCGUUUGUUGCGCCACAUAAGCAAAAGCGUCUACCUCCUUAUUGCCCGGAACGGAACAAUGAAAAGGGAUCCAAGCAGCAGCUCACUCAAGAUUUUUCGGAUAAAACAUUCUGAUGUUUCCGUACGGAAAGUGCUUUGCAAUUUUCAUCGACGAAGGGCCUGAAUAGAACUGAGAUUGUCCGUAAAGAUGAAAUGGUCCGUGGGCAUUUUUUGCGGCGUAAAAUCUCUGUAAUACUUAUACUGUUUUCUAGUCGUUAUCGCACAACAAUCAAGUACUCAACUUAUGUGACUGAACCAUGUUUUCCAAUAUAAAAGAGACAAAGCGUAGAUUAUUAGUUUUCCCGUUUGGUUUCAUUCAUCUACACCAAAGAUGACUAGAACAAGAUUCCUGACUUCCAGUUUUUUCAUACAUUUUGCCCACGAAACCGUUACAACGGUUAGUGCUGCCAUCUGAUGACUUAAAUUUGUAUAAAACUAUGAUUAUUAGCAAAACCGAUUUAUUGUGCAUAAUCCGCCUGAUGGAAACGAAAACUAGAUGGUAGCAUCAUAUAGGAUAUUGAAAAUUAGAUGGCCGCACCGUGCAAGGAAUUGACUAUCAGAUGGCCAUACGAGGAUAUCUAAAAUAAAGUGCGUCACCUUUCGCCACCUUGCCGUCAUUAUCAAAUUACCAGUAUACAAAUUAGUUCGACUUUUAUUCACGCGCAGCGACAAUCGUGUCCGAUGGAUAGUGCAAGAGUCAGGAAUCUUGUACUAGUCAUCUUUUUUCUUUGUUCACACAAGACUAGUCAUCUUUGUCUACACGGUACACCCGCCGUGUACUCGAGAAAUAACACGCGCGCAUCACCAAACUAAUGCGUGUUCAUGGCUUGCGAAGAAAAUUCUCUUUGCGCGAAUCGAAUAGUCUGCUCCUCGUGCGAUUCAACGGGUACACCUGGUGCAGAGAAAAGCCAAGUCUGGUGACCUGUGCCUUGUUUCGAUUGAACGCCCAAAAACAGUAAAUAUCAAAAUCGUUUAAAAACUGUCCACGUGGUAUGUGGAUGGACCCUAAUUUAUAAGAUCACAAACAAUAAUCUGCAACGAAAGCUACAAACAGAAUAGGAGAACAUUCUACAGCAUUCUAUGACGGCUAAGGCAGAAUUAUUAACCCAAGCAGUGCUGCAAAGUGAUUAAAACUGUAUGUUGUUUUUCAAUCGACUAUUAAAAUUGGUACAAACAACAAAUGCAUGAGUUAUGGUAAUGAUGACUAGAGCAAGAUACAUGACUUCAUACAUUUUGCCCGCAAAACCUUUUUUACGGUAAGUGCUGCCAUCUGAUGACCGAUCGGCAAAACUGUAAUUAUUAGCAAAAUCGAUUUACCAUGCUCAAUCCGCAAGGUGAAAACGAAAACAAGAUGGCAAUACCGUAGAAGGAUAUUGAAAAUUAGAUGACAGGACCAUACAAUGAUAUUGAAAAAAAUGCUUCACCUUUCACCACCUUGUCGUCAUCACCAAAUUAACAGUAUACAAAUUAGUUUAAUUUUCGUUCACGCGCAGCGAAACUCGUGUCCGCUGCAUGCUGCAAGAGUAAGGUAUUGUGCACUAGUCAUCUUUGACCAUAAACGACUGGUCAUACUAUUACAGGGUGGCCACUCAAUCGUGAAAACGGGAAAUGCGGGAAAAAGUCGGGUAUUAAAUUACAUCGGGAAAAAGUCGGGAAUUUUUUUAUUUGAUCGGGAUUUUGUUACCAAGAUUUUUUUCAAAGUAUUGUGUAUGAUGCAAUUACAAAUGAUGGAGAAGUUGGAAGUGCAGGACUGCAAGUUGGUCCCUUAAAAGUCACAUUUUUCUUUAGCAGUCAAUUUUUUGACCAAAAAGUCACUAAACUUACUUAUUUUGACCCGCUGACUAGCGGACUACUUUUAGCAGUCCUGCUUUUCAAAUGAAAUAAAUGUUGACACCAAAUGUCUUAGAAUAGCAUUAAAUGUCGAAAUCUGGUGUUAUCCAAAAAAAUUGAAUGGACUCUGUGGGACUUCUCAAGAUGGUAAAGCGAAUUGAAACCGGGGUUGAAAAUCGGCCCGGAAUCUGGGAAUGAAAGUUGCUAGUUUGUCGAGAAAACGUUUUUAGUGAGAGAAUUAAUCAUAAAUUCUCAUAUGUACAAAAGAAACUGUUUCAAUUUCUAAGAGCAAUGCAAAAUAAGUUUCACUGUACAGUCUUACUAACAUUAUCAGUUAUUAGUAAUUGUUUGAAUGAACGAAUUGAGGAUAAAAUAAGUGGCACACAGUUCUGGUUCUCCAGUUUCUCAAAAAGAUUUUUAUUUCAGCUAGUCUUUUAGAAGAAAUAUUUGGCGAACUCUAUGCUAUGAAACUAGCUACCAUUUCCGCUUAGAAACUCAAUGCUGGUGAAAAUUUGGGUUUGGGACGAACUUGCUAUGCGGAGCAGUUAAAUGAAAAAAAAAAUUAAAACUUGCCACAGAAAAAAGCAAACAUUAUUUUGAAAUUUUUUGAAAAACUAAUUUUUGUACAUAUUUCAAACUCGUAUUUUUUCUGUAAAUUAUACAAUUUGAUUGUGAAAAAACUAUUUUUGAUGUAAAAACUCUUACAAAAUAAUAUUAUCGUUUUCGAGAUUUUCAAGAAAACAUUUUAUUUAUUUUAUUUGUUUCUUCCUACGACUUUUUACAUGCUUUUCGUUUUGUAACUGGCCUUAGAGUACGAUGCUGGCCUAACUAGUCAGUCGUCGUAGGUUCGUGUCUCGGCUCGAGAGAGACUGUUAGUGUCUGCAGGAUCGUAGCGCUAGCGCUGCAAUCGCCCUGUGCACCGCUGCCAAAUCUGUGGCCAAUAAACAAAAAUACUUUAAAUGUUUUAAAAGCCAAAAUAAUUAGCUUUAUUGGUGUGAUGUUUCCGGCAAAGCUUUAGAUAGUAGUUCUAUUGAAAAAAAAAUAUUGAAUAUCUCAAAAAGCUUUGAAUUCUAAGUUGCCAAAUGAGCCGUUGAGAGCAAAAGUGGUACAUGUGCCAUUUUUACACUUUUUUUUUGCAUAAAUUGAUGCAGAACGCAAAUCAUGUACUAGAAUAUCCAAGAAAAACCGAGAUCUGAUAACCUAAACCAAAGUUACAGCCAAAACAAUUUUUGGUAAUUAACAUAAUCACCAUUGCGUUGAGAGCAAAAGUGGUACAUGUCCAGUUAGGGACGUUGCGAUACCAUCGAUACUAAUACAGAAUCGAUGCUUCUACUUCCGAUACUCGAAUAUUUGGUAUCGAUGUUAUACCAACGAUACUUCACCAAUAUCGAUACACACCUCUCAGUAUCGGAAAGAAUCGAAACAACCCUGUGAAGAAGAACGAACGAAAGAGAAAAGUUGCUGUUUCUGGAAUUUCCAAUCCCGCCAUCUCAUCAGCGAUGCCAAUUCAACAGAAAUCUCAUCCAUCUAUCGGUAUGAUCAUGAAUUUUUUAUGUGGCUUCAAUUUCGACGUCUUCGGAAAGCAAAUCUGGCAUCGCUCUACUCAUCGUCAAUAAAAAAAAUGGCUCCGCGGAUCAGUAAAGUGUGGGUAUUCUUUAACAAAAAUGAAAAAGACAAGAAAGUUCAGUGCAAAAUCUGUAUGAUACAGAUGCAGUUUUCCGGUAACACAACGAAUCUUUCGCGACACCAUCCAAGUGUGAUGAAAACAAGCGUAUCUGAGGAGGAGACAACAAGUAUAAAUUUGCGAUCUACACUCUCAUCAGUUGCCAAUCAUUUUUCUUCCAAGACUUGCAUCGACAUUGGUUGCAAAAGAGGUUUUCGAGGAAAAAAACUCUGAGGCGAAAUCGAAUGAAUCGCAGAGCCAGUCCACGGAUCAGUUCUCUUCAAUCAAAGAGGCUUUCCAGAAAACUGCGGAGUUUUCAGAAGGAGGGAGACGAUAUGCAGAAAUUAUUUCGCAUAUUCUUUACUUCAUAUGUAAAGACAACCGCCCUUUCGCUGUGAUCGAAGGCGAAGGAUUUGUGAAGUUGAUGAGAACCCUAGCCCCAUCGUUCAAAAUUCCAUCCGUGAGUUACAUCAAGGAAAAACUUUGCUUGAAGUACGAGGUUCUGUCUGCGAGCUACAAGCUACGCAUAAAUCGAGCACCACAUAUAUGUUUGUCUAUGGAUAUCUGGACAGAAACAAUGUCGGAGAAAGGAUUCCUAGGAAUAACGGUACAUUUUCUGGAGGGAACAUCUUUCGUGUCAACUGACAUUGUGAUCAAACAAAUGUGUACUAACCACACGGCAGAUAAUAUUAAAAAGGCAGUUAUUGAAGCGUUGAACGAGUGGGAUAUUGAUCACACGAAAGUGGUAAGUGUAGUUACUGAUAACGGGGUAAACAUGGUAGCUGCCAUGCGUAAGACGUUUGAAAAUCGUCGUUUGCCAUGUUUCGCACAUACCCUCAAUCUAGUCACAGAAACUACUACAUCUCUAGAUGUAAUAAAGGUAACCAUUUCAAAAGUACGAGGAAUUGUAUGUUAUGUAAAGAAUAGCGUUAAUGUUUCUGAUCGAUUCAGAAUGAUUCAGUCUAACAACAAUGUUUCGGAAGGAAACACAAAAAAACUCAUUCUUGACGUAAAGACUAGAUGGAAUUCAACUUACUACAUGAUUGAAAGAUUUUUGGAGAUGAGAAAAGUUCUGAUUGAAUUGUUGAUUGAUGACACCGCGAGCCCUUCAAUGCCUUCUUCUGCUGAAGUGGAAAUUUUGAGACAGCUUGUCACACUGCUUAGGCCUUUCGAGUUUUUGACAAAAGAGUUAAGUGGAGACAAAUAUGUAACAUUAUCAAAGAUCAUACCUAUGAUCAACUGUCUUUUUUUACAAAUAAGUUCAUUCAAGUGUGAUGUCUCAGAAAUAUUAUCUGUGAAAGAAUGCUUCUUAAAAGAACUCAAAAAACGUUUUGGUCAGAUUGAACAAAUGUCGCAAGUCGCAAUCGCAACAAUCCUCGACCCCGGGUUCAAAAACAUCCAUUUCCAAGAUCCAACAGCAUGCGCCAAAGCUUUGAGCAAAAUUCGCAGUACCAUCUCAAAAAAUGAGGCAAACGCGGUGGAAUGCAGGAAUUUGGACUCGAACACGCAUGAAUUGUGUGAGCAACAGCAGAAAAAUACGUACAAUUUUUGGAAACACCACAAACUGUUAAUGUUCGAAAAUCCAAAGAAGCAGACAAACGCAGGAGAUGAAUUGGCUUUAUAUUUGACGUUGCCGGUAAGUUCACUGGACUCGAAUCCUCUGGAGCAGUGGGAGGAUAUGAGAACCGUCUUCCCGGAGCUUUAUCAGCAAGCAAGAAUGUAUCUAGUCAAUAUGGCUACAUCAGUGCCAUGCGAGAGGCUCUUUUCUAAAACGGGAUCGAUCAUGACCAAAAAGCGUAAUCGGCUUUCAGCUAAAUAUCUUCAAAAGCUGGUGUUUCUUGGUUCUUUGAAUGAAAAUGAGUGGUUUGAAUAAAUUAAACUUUUUUAUCUUGAGGAAUAAACAAUAAAAAAGAAAUGUGACUUUUUUGAAGUAGAAUACUUCUCUCAGGAAGUUCGGCUACAUAGGGAUGUGAAAUGAAAAUCUAAAACCGAAAAAAGUGAAAAAUAUGUCCAAUUUCAAAUGCUAAUAAAUCGGUUAGUAUUCGAUGAAUUUCCUUCGUUCUUGCAGCAAUAGAUCGGAAAAUCUUCUAAGAUUCUUCCCAAAAUAAGAUAAUUGUAAUUUUAUUACUCACACUAUUGUACUAUUGAAAAUAGUCAAGCCUUGUCAAAACGAAAAAUUCGACCUCUGAUUGGUCGUUAUAUGCUUGCUUUCCAAGCACGGUCGACAGGAUCAUAUACCUUGCAAUUGAAAACAUGCUAUUUGGCCUAUAUAAGAGCCUGCUUCAGCCGGAGCCGCUCAUAAUAGUUCUAGACAGCGACUAGCACUAGCCCUGUGGUUGGUCACCACGUCUCAGGAGCAGCGCGGUUUUUCUCAGCGUGUGUCGCCAGACAGCCAUUAUUCCCCCCGUGUUGGGGCAGCAUGAAGAUUGCCAUCAGGAAAUCCAAUUUUGGAAAUCAAAAUGCCUUUUUGAAGGCAAAUAAACAAGUCAUUGAAAGUUAGUAAUUUUUGUCAACGCAAGCAAGUAUUCUGUGUUGCAUCCUAGCAAUUUGAAUUUGUCGCACCCGUCUAAUUUACUGAAUGUGGAAUAGCUUCCACAGUGCAUGUUGUCCGUGUAUCUUAAUUCCCCCAAUGUUAGGGCAGCUCAAAGGUUGUAAUUAGCAACCGAUUUUGAACCGCAAAAUGCUUUUUUCAAGGCAAAUAAAAAAAUAAUUGAAGGUUUAUAAUUUUCUGGCAUCAACACAAGCAGACAUUCUGUGCGGGAUGCAAUCAAAUUCUGUUGUAGUUGUCUAAUUUUUACUUUCACUUUAUUUAGUAAACCCCCCACUGUAGGGGCAGCGCAAAGGCUGCGAUCAGCAUAACCGACAUUGAAUAAUUAACUGCCCUGUUAGUACGCAUUCACAAAAGCAGUUAGUUCGACUAUGCAGAGCUAAUAUGAAGUCGAUUCAAUCAAUCAGCAUAAACAGAAUUUCGUCGUCUCCCAGCUGCCAAGUUGCAACAUGAUGCAACACGCAACAGCGAGCAAACGAAAUCGCUUGAUGUUACAAACCGCAAUAAGAUACGGGUUAAAACCGUUGCGUGUGUGAGAGCACCAUCGGUGUUUAUUCGCUAGAUACACUAUCUACUGUCUACUGAACGCAAUAAUCUGCUUACAUGCGAUACGGGGACGGGAACAUUUUCUUCAACCAAGCUGCACAACACGACACAAAACAUGUUAUUUUGUUGCUUCAAUGAGAGUGCUAUCGGUCCGGCUCGACAAGAAAUCAUUUUUGUGCAUCCGUGCUACGAAACUGAGGAAAAACUUUAGAAACUGAAAAAAGAGGUGGAGUUUAUCAAAUGAUCGCUCUGAGCCGGAAUGAAGUCACACAUAUUUUUCAAGUUAUAUCAUUCCACCACGUACGUAAAAUAAUUCAUUCCUAUUUUCAUCCCUAUAUAAGAGCCUUUUUUAGUCGAUGCCGCUCAAAAUAGUUCUGAACAGCGACGACAGCAGUCCUCCCUUAGCAGCAGCGGGAGCGAGCAGUGGGUACCAUCGAUAGCGGAUAGCGGCCACAACUGUGGCAUGGCUAUGCAUAGCGUAGCUGUUGCAGCGGGUAUAUCAGCAUCGAUAGUAGCAGGGUCAGCUGAUGCAACGACACUCCCUUCACUAAAAUGCUGUUUCAGUGUGGUAGCGGGAAGCAUCAGCAGCAGGCUUGCAUGAAGCGAAUACA